AUGGAAACAGCUAGCAAUACUCAAAUUAAAAGGAAAUUUCCACCCCUUGACAGAAAUCAGAAGGUGAAACAUUAUGGUGAUCCUGAAGUUCUGCAUCACACCUUUAAGACUCUAUCUAACCUCCACAAGCUGCUCCCAAAUCAUCUGAUGGAGAUGCUGUACUCCUACAAAAGUGAAGAGGACAAAAGAAAAUGUGGGAAUUUUGAACUCUCUGGCUUGGAAAGAAUCUUAGCAAGACAACAGUUGCUAGAAGAGAUUAAUCUGACACCAAAACCAAGCAGUAUGCUCAUCUGGAAAAGAAAAGUCAACAACAAUGUAAAUAAUGGGUGGAAGACAUGCCACUUGUGGAAGAAAACCAUAAAGGAGCCUCCAUUGUCAACUGUUCUUGUAAGAUGGUCGAAGAAGAACCUGCAGCCCACAGAGAAUCUCCAGUCAGUCAUCCAGAAGCUGUCUGUGUUUGGCCCCAUCCAGUCAUUUGCCCACUGUGGACGACAGAGUGCUACUGUGGUGUUUAAAGAUACAACCUCUGCAUGCAAUGCUGUUAAUGCUUUUCAAAGCAGGAUCCCAGGCACACAGUUUCGGUGUUCCUGGCAACAGCGAUUCAUGUCGAAAGAUGUAAGAAUCACAUAUAAAUUUUUAAAGCUUAGUCUACGUAAUUAUUUUCCUCAUCAGAGCUCUAGUUAA